CCCAACCAUUAUUUUAAUUUGUUUGUUUUGAAAUAAAACGUGAAAUGUUAAUAAAUGUUUGUCGAGUUUGCGGCAGAAGUACGCUGUGCCCCAAGGCCCAGGAUCUCUUCAAGCCCGGCAGACAGGAGACCCUUCGACGCAUACAGAUGAUCACCGGAAUUCGCCUGCAGCAGAUUCCCAAUGCACCGGAUAUGGUGUGCUUCUGCUGUCAGACAGACCUCAAUUCGGCCAUGAUUUUCAGGAGGCAGUGCAUUCUAGAGCAGAAGAAAUGGGUACCAGUGGAGAAAGCAGAAGAAGUCGAGCAAAACCAGGAGGGGGAACCGAAAGAUCCAGUUCCCAAGAAAAGAAGGAACCCACAACGAAAGGCUCGAUCCAAGGUGCCAUUAAAAAUCGUAGAAGUUCUUAUAAAAGCAGAGAAUAAUGCUAUGGUUAACGCAAAAGGAGGUGAUGAAGAAUUCGAUCAGUUGACGGAGAUCUCUAGGGAACCAGAUGCCACAGAUGGCGAUGUAAAUCUAGAUGACAGCGAUGUAAUUCUAGACGAAAACGAUGAUAAAGAUGACGAACUCCGUUUAGUAGACAAGGAUUUUAAACGGCGCCGCAAAGUUCAAAUCCACAAGUGCCAAACUUGCGGAGCCGUUAAAAACAAUAAGUCAUCUUUGGCCAGACACGAGUUUGGUCACACCGGGGAGAGACCAUUUCCAUGCAAGGAGUGCACAAAAACCUUUCUCUCGGGAAACGAACUGAAGGCCCACAACCUUACCAAUCACACCAAGGAGCCACCGUUUCCAUGUCGUUACUGUGAACGUCGAUACUUCUCGGUUAUCGGCAGGAAGAAACACGAAAGGAUCCACACCAACGAACGGCCCUUUGUGUGCGACCAGUGCGGCAAGGCCUUUACAAGGACCUGCAUCCUGAAGGCCCACAUGGAGUCCCACGCGGUGAUUAAAAAGUUCAGCUGCGACGUUUGCGAUCGUUCGUUCAGUUUAAAGAAGCACUUGAUGACUCACUUUAUCUCGAACACGCACAAGCGGAAUAGCGAUACGGCUACAUUAUCGUCAUCAGAAUCCAUGUCCAUGUUCGGUACCGAAACCGAUGAAACCUGGUCGCAAAGUACUGAUCAGACUAGUCUCUUCAACGAAGAAUUGGUCCAGUCGCACUUUGACAUUUUGUGCCAGGAAAUUUAGCUCAUUUCAAGACGCCAUUGGUAUAGUUUAUAACUAUCCUUAAGGUUUACCACAAAAUUCAUUUCGGUAAGUAAGGAACCUCAAAAGACAUCAUAAAAUCUGGCUCUGCAGAGAAGUUAAAGACAUCUUUGGCUAAUCAGAUCUGUUCUACCCUGUAGCUAUUAUUCAUGUUUAUUCUUUUAAAACUAUAUAGUAAUCAAUACAACAUAAUGUAGUCUGAACCCUUUAACAUCACAAUUGCGCCUAUAGAAUGAGUGCGAUAAUACGAUUUUCCUUAAAGUACGUACGUCGACUGCAUGUAUUAUUUUUAUUUAUUUGAAAAACGAGAUAUUAACAGCUUUAUGAGUUUGAAAAUUCAUUUCAUUAAGAUUUCAUUGAUUUUGAAGGGAAUUUGUUUGCAAUUUGCAGAUAAAAAUCUCCAAGCUGUACCUAGAUUUGAAAACCCGUUUCACAUUGUCUGUAUUCAUGAGUUCAAUACUAUUUCUUACAUUUAUUAUUAGUAUGUGUUAUUUGUUGGCAGUUUCUGGUCCUCCAGUCUGCUCAAGCUAUU